AUGGAGGCGCGGUGCGCGCGGCCGUCGCACGUCCACCAGCUCCACGCUCACCUCCUGGUCUCCGGCCGCCUCCUCGGCGGCUCGCCGGCGCUUGCGCUCCUGCUGCUGCGCGCUGCCUGCCGCGUCCGUGCGUCCCCGUGCCUCCGUCCCCUCGCCCACCACCUGCUCGACCACGUCCCCCACCCGCCCCCGCACCUUCUCCACGCCGCCUCCCGCCUCGCGUUCCGUCUCCGCCUGACCUCCCUAGCACUCCGCCACUACCUUGCUCUCCGUGUGCGCCACCCGGCCUUCCUCCCGCCCGCCCCUGCCAUUGGCGAUGUGCUCAAGUCUGUCCCUGGCCGCGCAGCCCAUGCCCACGCGCUACAUCUCACUGAUGGAGACACGCGAUUCCUGCACAAUUCACUCAUCGCCAUGUACUUUUCCUGCGGGGAUGCCGGCCGUGCUCGCCGUGUGUUCGAAGGAAUGCGUGACUGCGACAGGGACGUUGUCUCCUGGACCUCUCUCAUCUCCGGGCUCGUGCAAAGUGGCAGCCCCUUGCAGGCGUUACGGCUGUUUGCAGCGAUGAUGUGCUGUGAUGUCCGUCCUGAUUUUGUGCCGGUCGUCACAGUCCUCAAGGCGUACAUGGAGCUCGAUGACUUGCCAGGUGCCAAAUCAGCUCAUUCCUUGGUAGUCAAGGGUGGCUUUGAUGACGAACAAGAUGUUGUGACCACACUGACGGCCAUGUAUGCCAAGUUUGGCUGCAUUGUGGCUGCAAGGGCACUCUUCGACAGGAUCCCGCCCCCACGGGUAAAUGUGAUCCUGUGGAAUGCCAUGAUAUCGGGUUACUCCAAGAAUGGGCUUGCCAGUGAGGCAGUGCAUUUGUUCAAGCAGAUGCAGGUGUUUGCAAGGAGCAUGAGCCCAGAUUCUGUCACAUUGCGGUCGGUGAUCAUGGCCUGCGCGCAGCUCGGCUCCACUGAGCUUGCAGUAUGGAUGGAGGAUUAUGUACGCCGCAGUGAGUGCAAGGAGGAUGUUCUUGUGAACACAGCGUUGAUUGACAUGUACGCCAAGUCAGGGAGCAUUGCCCAUGCGCGCAGAGUCUUUGAACAGAUGUGUGCGCAUGAGCGGGAUGUGGUAGUCUGGAGUGCAUUGAUCUCAGGUUAUGGGGUGCACGGCCAUCUUGCUGAGGCCAUUGGCCUGUUUGAGGACAUGAAGCUCGCAGGGGUGAAACCGAAUGAUGUUACUUUCUUGGGGCUUUUGUCAGCGUGCAACCAUGCAGGCGCUGUGGAGAAAGGGUGGUUCUAUUUUCAUUCCAUGAAACCUGACCACAAGAUCGAGCCUCGGCACCAGCACUAUGCUUGUGUGGUGGACCUGCUUGCUCGUGCUGGUCAGCUUGACAGAGCAUAUCGAUUUAUACUUGACAUGCCCAUCAAGCCAGAGAUGAGUGUGUGGGGUGCCUUACUUCACGGUUGCAAGAUGCACGAGCACUCAAACAUGGCCAUGGCUGAGAGGGCAGCUCAGCACAUCUUUGAGUUGGAGCAGUCCAACGCAGGGCAUUAUGUGCAGCUGGCAAACAUGUAUGCGUCUGCAGGGAUGUGGAGCCAUGUUGCUGGUGUACGGGUCACCAUGAGAGAGAGGGGUGUCACCAAAGCAACCGGAUGCAGCUCCAUCGAGGUCGAUGGAAAGAUGCACAACUUCCAUGCCUGGGAUCACUCGCAUCCAAGGGCCGCCGAGAUUUUCGCCUUACUCUGCCUUCUUUCUCAAAGUCCAACUGGCCAUGAAAUGGGCAGAGUUAGCUGUGAGGGUGGAUGCGAAGGGCGGGAGCUGCAGUGGCAGCGGCACGGAUCAGCUGCCAAACACACCAAAGUCAAAGCAUUCUGCAACUGA